AGAUUAUUAUAUAUAGUUUGGAAUAAUAUAUUUUUAAGAAAUGAAAUUCAUAAACAUAUUUUAAAGUUUAUUGAACAUAAUGUUGUAGAAUUUGAUAGAUCAAGUUAUGACCAGUUUAAAGAUAAAUCAUAUAUAACAACACUUAAUUGUGAUAACUUUAACCAAGUAGUUCCACCCGGCACAUUACCAAAUAGUCUUACUACACUCACAUUCGGUUAUAGUUUUAACCAAGUGGUUCUACCCGACACAUUACCAAAUAGUCUUACAACACUCACAUUUGGUAAUCAUUUUAACCAAGUAGUUCUACCUGGCACAUUACCAAAUAAUCUCAAAACACUCACAUUCGGUUAUUAUUUUAACCAAGUAGUUCCACCUGGCACAUUACCAAAUAGUCUCACAACACUCACAUUCGGUGAGUAUUUUAACCAAGUAGUUCUAUCUGGAGCACUACCAAAUAGUCUCACAACACUCACAUUCAGUGAUAACUUUAACCAAGUAGUUCCACCUGGCACAUUGCCAAAUAGUCUCACAACACUCAUAUUCGGUCGUAGUUUUAACCAAGUAGUUUCACCCAGCACGUUACCAAAUAGUCUUACUACACUCACAUUCGGUAAUGAUUUUAACCAAGUAGUUCCACCUGGCACAUUACCAAAUAGUCUCACAACACUCACAUUCAGUUCUGAAUUUAACCAAGUAAUUCCACCUGGCACAUUACCAAAUAGUCUCACAAUACUCACAUUCGGUUAUAGUUUUAACCAAGUAAUUCCACCAGGCACAUUACCAAAUAGUCUCACAACACUCACAUUCGGUUAUCGUUUUAACCAAGUAGUUUCACCGGGCACAUUACCAAAUAAUCUCACAACACUCACAUUCGGUUAUUAUUUUAACCAAGUAAUUCCACCGGGAACAUUUCCGAAUAGUCUCACAACACUCACAUUCGGUUAUAGUUUUAACCAAGUAGUUCCACCCGGCACAUUACCAAAUAGUCUCACAACACUCACAUUC